AUGGACACCGACCCGAUACCCCCCGAAUCGCCCCUGCUCAUGUCCCGCAGCUUCGACCUCGGCAACGGCCAGACCACCGACGACCUCACCCUUGCCCUCGCCAGCUUCUCGCGCGGACAGACCCCGGAGCCCGUGGCACUCCUCACCUGCUGCUGCGGUCGUGGGGAAUGCGAUCAUACCCAGGCGUGGCUCGCGAUCAAGAACAAGCUUGAGGAGAGGCUCACGCUCUGUGCGGAGGUCGGCCAGGCUUUGUUGCAGAAGCAUGAGGCGUAUGUCAGGCAGCAUGAGGGUCUGCGUGGCCCUCCGCACGGCAUACCGACCGAAGGCAGCGAAUAUGGAGAUGCAGAAUCAUCCGCGGACGCGCGAGUUGCGGAGCUGACGCUAGAGAACGCGGCUCUGGAGAAGCGUCUCGCACAAGCUCUAGUCAACGCCGAAGUGACGGAGGCCUCCAACUCGACGCUCGGUCAAGAGCUCAGCGAAGCUCGUGCGACGAUCACCCGGCUCACGGCACACCAUGCACGAGCGGUGGGAUGGGACACCCGGCUGAGGGCUGCUAUGCAAGACAAGGAUGAUUUGCAGCAGGAGAGGGACAGUGAGUCGCAGCGAGCGCGCAUGGCUGAGCAGCGCGUUGUAGCAUUGAAGGACAGAUGCUCGAAAUUACAGGCAGAGAUGCAGAAGCUCGAGAAGGAUCUACAGCAGCAACGCCAACAUCGACUGGAGCUUACCGAAGACGUCUUAAGCGACGCCCGUGCGCGUCUUGAGAUGCUGCAGCACGCUCAGCUGGGGCACAGCGUUCCCGCAGACGAUUCCGAGGUCACCAAGGUUCUCGAGACCUUGGUCGUGGACAACGAGGACCUCAAGCGCAACAAUGCCGAGCUGCAAAACCUCCUGGGCGAGUCGCGCGAAGACGUACACGCGUUGAACGAAGAGCUCGACGAGCUACGGGCCGCUGUAGCCGCCAAGCCACCUCCUGUAUCAGCGGAGCGACCUCACUAUAGACAUCGGUACAGUAAUAGCGUUGCAUCAUCAGUUUUCAGCGAUCUCUCCGCUGGACUCGCAUCGACGGUGGCUGUGGGGGGUGCACCGGCCAUUUCAGCGCCGCUCACACCGCGCUCCCUGCCCGGUCAACACCCUGGAUCCGCGAGGGAUCCGACGAGCCCCGAAUAUUACCGGCGACCAUUGUCCCCCGCAUCCUCUGUUGUCCCCAGUGAAAUGAAAUGGACGGCUUUUGCACAGCCGCACGACGGGCGUACGCCACCGAGCGAAGGCGAAGAAGGCAACGACCAGCCAGGCGAUCUGAACGCCAGAACCGAGCGGCGCCGGUCUAUACGUCCUCUGAUCUUACUCACACGAGAACGUGGCGUACAGACUGACGCGUGGUCGGGCCUGUUGACGCCGGGACUACCAUCCGCACCCGCGUACAGUGACCGCGUGUCCUCCGUUUCGCCGGGAGAAGGCCCGUCCGAAUCAUCUUCCCUCGCCGAGUCGAACCAGUCGGCCGUGAUGAGCUCCCUUCUUGAGCGCGCGACCACGCUCCUACACCGACUCACCCAGGCCGACGCGCUUACGCUCUCGAACCGGCUCAAGCGGCAGCACCUCGGCGGCACGGAGAUGGUCGCCCACUUAUCGCGCACGACCGUCGACGCGAUCGUGCACGAUGCAACGGCACUGCGGACGCACUACCGGAGCUUACUCGAGGACGAGAAGGUGACGACAUCGUGCACGCGGAGGGACUUGCGCGUGUUGUUCAAGCUCCUAAAGGAGGCAUUCACGGAGAUGGGUCAGAUGCGCGUGACGCUGAACGAGGUGAUAUUAGAGCCGGCAAUUGCGCCGAAGAUGAGCGAGGCAGCCAUGAAUCCAUCCAAGGCGGAGGGUGGCGAUGCGGCGAAGGAGGCGGGAUUCACGGCAGCGAGCUUGAUGGCACCGAUCUCCAAGCUGUUUGGUGGACCGCAACUGCAGGAAGGAGGGCGACGACCAACGGCGCUGAUGCGGUCGUCGAGCCGCGGGCGGGGCUCAGCCCUGCGACCGCCGGCGAGGUUGGUGCCCAAGUCUGGACCCGCUCUGUCCGCCACGGGGACCACCGUCAACGUCGAGUUUUCCGGCACGGGAGUAGGUCGGGCGGUGUCCAAGUCGCUGCGUCAGGAUCCGUGACGACGCAGGACGGACUCCUCGAAGGGAGACGUGGCAAGACAGGCAGAGUAUGUUUCAGGCGUUUGGACGCAAGAUCCAGAGCUUCGGAUUCGGCAGCGUCACUGCGGAGGCGGCGGUGCCUCCAUCUGCUCAGAGCAGAAAACGGGAUAGGGGGACGGGAACUUCCGCGGAGCCGCCUGUGCCAGGCCUUGCGGCGCUGCUCCCGAGUCUGAACAUCGGGAACUGGGCUGGCGGUGGGGUUGAUGUCGAUAUCCCGGAUUCCCCGUCGCAUCCGAGACGUAUCGGCAGCCCGGCGGACGAUAGCAACAUGCACCGCACUUGGAUGCGGGAGACACAACGGCGGGAUGCGGACAUCUGAGACAAGGACGACCCCCUGUGUACGUAGCUGUGACUCGCGGUGUGUAUGGAACCUCCACAUUAACAAGGGACACCCCUGUUGAGCAC